CUCCACAUGACAGGGGGGGAAGGAGGAAGUGGGGCGGCCCGCGGGGCUGCGCCGCCGCCGCUGCUGCUCCGGUAGUCGCGGGGCUCGGGCAGCGGCAGCCGGGAGGAGAGCCCUUCACGCAACUCGUGGGCCGGCCGCCCUUGAAGGCGGACUCGCGCCCCGGUGCCGUCGCUGCAGGGAGGCGGGCAGGGAGCAGGGGAGCGCCCCGCCGGGCCGCGCCACCUCGCCGGGGAAGUUUGGUGCGGGGCGGGAUCCUGCCAGCCGCGGCGGUGGCGCCGGGCAUGAACGGCUUCGCCCCCGAGGAGGUGACCCAGCGCGGGGCAGACCCCGCCGCCGCCGCCGCCGCGGUGGUGGGCAAUGCGGGCUCCGCCGUGGAGGUGCCGCCGCCGCCCGCGGCACCGGGGCUGGGUCCGGCUGCCGCCGCGGGCUCUGCGAGUGCCGGGUGCGCGGGCGGCCCCGGGGCCGGGCAGCUGUGCUGCCUCUGGGAGGAGGGGGAGCGGUGCGGCCGCGCCGCCGGCAACGCCAGCUUCAGCAAGCGGAUCCAGAAGAGCAUUUCGCAGAAGAAGGUGAAGAUCGAGCUGGACAAGAGCGCAAGACAUCUGUAUAUUUGUGACUUCCACAAAAAUUUAAUUCAGAGUGUGAGAAAUAGAAGAAAGAGGAAAGGCAGCGACGAUGAUGGCGAUUCACCAGUGCAAGACAUCGACACUCCAGAGGUUGAUUUAUAUCAGUUACAAGUAAACACACUUCGAAGGUACAAAAGACACUUCAAGCUACAGACCAGACCGGGACUUAACAAAGCACAGCUUGUUGAAAUAAUUGGCUGCCAUUUUAGGACAAUUCCAGUGAAUGAAAAGGACACCUUAACAUACUUCAUCUACUCGGUGAAGAAUGACAAGAACAAACCAGAUCUAAAGAUGGAUAGCGGGGUUCAUUAGGCGGAAAAGGUUGGGACUGAGACUCACACCGCAAAUCUAAAGACUGAGGUUUUGUUGAUAUGCAGAAGCUUUCUUUGUAAUUUUUUCUCCUGAGAACAAUUGUCUCUGUUUUAUUUUUCAUAACAUUGCUGAUUUGUUUGAAAACCAUCUCUUAUGAAACAAAUUUCCUCAGCAAAAGUAUUUUAAAUAAAUAUCACAGAUAUUGUUGCUCAAA